AUGCUCGAGCAGGGGAUCCAUUUCACGAGCAAACGACUGCAGAAGUGCCGCAGGAAGGGCUUGCUGAUUGCCCUCAACACAGUGGUGGGCGAAGUGACGAUGCUUGGUUUCAUUUCGCUCAUGCUCAUUGCCUUCCAGGAGAACAUUGCCAGCAUUUGCGUCACAAAACAUGAUCCUGAAGACCGAUGGGUGAUCUUGUCACACAUUGACAAGUGUGCCCCCUGUCUGGAAGACACAGACACCAUCACUGACACAUACAAGGCUGCAGAACAAUGCCCUUUCUGGACUAAGAAGGAGAAGGAGAACAGUGAAGGAGAACUGAAGGGUCCGGAGGUUGAUAUUGAAGCUGAAAUAGCUGGGGAAGAAGGCGAUGGCGGACGAAGGCUCCUGGCAGGUGGCGACACAGAGCAAGGCAGCUGUGGAGCAGGAGAGGAGCCCCUCAUUUCUGUGCAGACAUUACAUGAGUCGCACAUCGCCAUUUUUUGCUUGGCAGUGGUGCACAUCUUCAAUUCACUGCUCAUGAUUCUCAUAGCAUCAUGGAAGGUCAACGUUGUCUGGGGAACAUUCGAGAAGGAAGAGAAUGUUCAUGAUCAAUUUGUAAGUGAGAGCAUUUCAGCAUACGAUGUAGAGCACGGCCUGCUUGACAGCAAGAGCACAAGUACUGGGGUCACCUCUGUGUUGGAGUCUGGCGAUUCGUCCAAUGGACAAGUGGCCAUACACCCCAGCAUGCAGACCCUUCCAGAGCGAGAGGAAGUUUCACAAGAUGCCAUUAGUCCCACGUCCCAAGAUGUUGAAGCUGCGCCAGGGAAGCCAUCCAUUGCUGCAGCAGCUAGGAGUGUCAUGACCAAACCUAGAGAGUCGAGAACCAAGAGCCAAGAAAGCCAAGACGUUCGCAUCGCUGAAGCUGAGGGUGAAAAGAACACUGGUGCAAAGAGACUUUUGGGAUCCCUGAGAGACGUACCAAAGCUGAACAAAUGGACAGCCAGAGAGCGUGACAUGAAGAAUCCACGCAACUGGCUCCAGGAAACGAUGAUCUGCUUUUUCAAGCAGUUUGUGAAGCCUGUCAGCAGGGAGGAGUACAGAAUCAUGAAAGCUAGUUUCAUGCUCACGCACAAGCGCACUUCCAGGUUCAGCUUCCAGGACUAUGUUCUCAAAUCAUUGGAUGACAACUUUGCAAAGAUCGUGAACUUUUCUCUCAGCGGCUGGCUUGCCCUGAUUUCCUUCGUCCUGCUGUUGCCCCCUUUGGGAUGGACAACCUGGCGGUACCUCAUCUUCCAGAUAUUUGCCAUCCUUCUGCUGCUGGCUGUCAACGUGAAGCUCGUGGCUGUCGUGCGUUAUGUGACGCGAGGAGCGACAGUGCGCCAACUGACGCCCGACAUCUUUUGGUUCAAGAAUCCUUGUUUUCUGGUGCACGUCAUAAGGCUCAUGCUCUACCUCAACUCUGUGAUCUUUGCAACAAUGGCAUUCUUUGCUUGGCAGUUUGGAACCAGGUCCUGCUUCUUUUAUGGCCGGAGCAGGGGCGAUGGGUUGGAUGGGAGAGACUGGUUUUGGGUCGUUUCCCUAUUUCUAAAUAUCAUGGCAUUCAUUUUCAUGAGUGUUGUGAGCCUGCCAACAUACAGCCUCGUGCUGCACAUGGGGGAUAGGUGGAAUCACCACAUUGUGGGUGAAGCAGUGCAGACAAGGAUGAGGGAGUUAGCAGGCAAAGUGAAAGAAAAGCGCAAGAUGCAGCAGCCCAACUCCCGGUGA